GUAAUGACUAAUCAGAUCCUUCCCACUUGGACGAUUUUAAUCCCCGUUUUAACGUCGGCGAGCUAUCAUUUUAACAGACGUUCAAUUUGCUCUGUCAAAUUAUUUUCAUCCUUCAACAAGUUAAGUCACUGAUAGAAAAUGAAGCUGUUGCUGGCAGUAAUUGCCGCACUCACAGUUAGCCUUGGAGCUGCACUCGAUCCUCAUGAACACAACAAGGUUGUCUGUUAUUGGAACUCCACCUCAUUCGAACGUCCAGGACCAGGAAAAUUCCAAAUAGAUGAUUUAAAACCAGCAAUACCUUUCUGUACGCACCUUGUCUACGGAUUCGCAGGAAUCGACCCCAAUAGCUUUGAAGCGAUUCCUCUGCACCCAAAUCUCGAUACCGGAGCAGGAUAUUCCUUUUACCGGAUUGUAAAUCAGCUGAGACAGACUUACCCCCAUCUUAAAGUCUACCUCAGCGUGGGGGGUAACGCCGAUCCCGACUACGACACCCACAAAUAUUUGACUGUGACCGAGACCCCUGAAGCGCGAAACAAAUUCAUAAACUCCGCGGUAAGGCUUGUUACCGAGUACGACUUUGACGGAAUCGACCUCGCCUGGGAAUUCCCCGAGACCAAAGUUAAGAAGCAACGCAGCACGUUCGGCAACGUCUGGCACAACAUUAAGAAAGCCUUUGGAGGCGGAAAAUACAAGGACGAGCAUGAGGAAGAGCACCGAAACGGAUUCACGAACCUGGUACGUGACCUCAAGGUUCAAUUGAGAUCAAGAAACAAGGCUUUGACACUCACCGUCUUGCCCCACGUCAACGCGAGCAUCUACUAUGACGCAAGACUUCUUGCUCCCAACAUCGAGGCCGUUCAUUUGAUGGCCUUCGAUCAGAUAACACCUGAAAGAAAUCCCAAAGAAGCUGAUUACCCUGCGCCGAUUUAUGAAAGUUACAACCGUGUGCCUCAGGAUAAUAUUGACGCUUCUGUCAGAUACUGGCUGGAACACGGAACUCCCGGAGGUAAGAUCGUAAUAGGAAUCCCAGCGUUCGCUCGCACGUGGAAACUGACAUCAGAAAGCCAAAUCUCCGGAGUGCCGCCAAUAGUAGCUGACGGACCUGGAGCGGAGGGACCUCACACAGCAAAUCCAGGAGUCCUGUCAUACGGUGAAGUCUGCACCCGUCUGACGGAGAGCCACGUGGGUAGACUGAGACGCGUCAGUGAUCCGUCAAAGAAGUACGGAAGCUACGCGUAUCAAUCCUACAACCCCGAAACGUCGGCUGACGGGAUCUGGGUCGGGUACGAAGACCGCGAUACUGCUGGAAACAAGGCCAGCUACUCAAAAGCCAAAGGUCUCGGCGGCGUUGCCAUCUGGGAUCUUUCCACCGACGAUUUCCGAGGAAUCUGCGCCGGAGAUAAAUUCCCCAUCGUCCACGCUGCUAAAGAUAAACUCUAAUUAUCAUUAACAGUAAUUAAUACCCAAUAAGUAAUAAUAAUUUUAAAUUUUAAAUAAAACAACUUUACUUUAUUUAAAAUAAAUUUAAUAAAAUAUUUAACGCA